AUGGAACCACAAGAAGAGGCUAUAUCUUCUGUCUCCCAGGACUUGAUUGUUGGGUGUGUUGAUAAUGGUUAUAUACCUUCCUCUUCUAGCCACCGCAAUACUGAUGUGGACAAUCUGGAUGUGGAUGUUUACCGGGGAUCAAGAACCAGAGUCGGUGCUCGAGAACGACAUAUUGGGCAAGGAUUCUGGGCCUUUGUAGAAGACAAAAAUGUUGCUGACACGAUUUCAAUCCCUCGGUAUCUCUUCUACAACGAGCCAGAAGGCGAGCCAUCUAUGCCACCACCAUAUAUUUCGUCUUUUGCCCUGGCGAAACUCCUUCCCCGGCUUCCAACAAAGCCGGUAUGCGAUGCCCUGCUGCAGUCUUUUCUCGUGAGGGUAUAUCCUAUAUACCCUUUGAUAAACCCUCCGACCUUCAUACCUCAGUACCAUCUUUUCUGGCAUUUAUUUGCCAGUGGUAGCCCCGAGUCUCUUGUUCAUCCAAAACUGCUCGACGAUCCCACCUAUGUCUGUCUUAUUUGGGCCAUUCUGUACGCCGGUUCAUCGGCUCUUCCCUUUUCUGAAUGGAAUUCAGCUCCACUGAAGGAUCUAGAUCAGCUACAAACUAUCGACCAGCUACAGCUAGCUUGCUCUGAGAGCCUGGCUGCAUGCCGGCAUAUUGAUCACCCAACCCUCCAUUCUUUGACGGCCUCGAUAAUAGCCUACCAUUUUGACGUGAAUAAAGGACUCAGCAACAGCUUUUUCAUAACUACCACCCAGCGUCUAGCCCAUAGUAUGGGGCUUCAUCUUGAUGCUGCAUGUCCCCAGCUUGUUUCAAGCUCGGCAGAGCAUAAACGGCGUAUUUGGUGGCAUAUAGUCUGGCUGGAUUUACAAACUAGCAUUGCCACUGGUUUGCCGACGUGUUGCAACUGGACUAUGAUCGAGGCCUCUCGGAUGAUAUCAGAUUUAAUAUACACCCCUAGCAACGCCGAAUCAACGAACUCCCGUGAAGUCAUAUCCUCUGAUAAUUUCGGACUCCGAAUCUCAAUGAUAAUGAUACACGCAAUUGGCAGAUUUCGAACAGCAAAACUGCAGCACCAGAUGGUUGAUAUUUUCCAAAGAACAGGGAAGGUGCAGGCCAAACACAUCAGGAGCCUGGUCAAAUCCACGAAGGAAUUGCAUAGUUUCAUCGACGAGCUGAUUGCCAAGAUACCCGUGCAGGGAAUCCCCGAGAAAGGCAUGAUUCCGUCUUCCUUGGCGAAUGCAUCUCCAGGUUCGAGCCCAGCUCUCUAUGAAGACCGUGUAAACGAGCCUACCGUAUGGAGUACCUGUACCAGGAUAGUGCUAUUCCUGUCCAAGCUGGAAUCGGUAAUAAUGCUACAACAUGCCUUACUUCCGGACCUGGGCUCAACGUCGGUGCCUCAUUUCCCCUGGAACCGCAUUGUUCGACUAUGCCUCGGCUACAUGCGGUGCUACUUGCAACUCUGUCAAGUACCGGCCUUCAAUCCAUACUCAUGGUUUUGGUCAUCCUAUUAUGGCCCACGUCGAUGCAUUUUCUUAAUACUGCAUUUCCUCAUAAACGCCCAUUGCGAAAACAUAUAUCGGCAAGAAAUGCUGUUCUGCGUGGAUGAGUAUAUCACAUAUUGGCGCUCCGUUUCUAGUCUGAUACCAGUACAGUGUGAAUCAGCAUUGCCAUCAAUGAACGUGAUUCGCAAGAUGCGGCAACAACUUGAAGUGGACAACAACUGCGAUUUUGAUCAAAAUUUCCCGAUCAAAAGCACUCUAUCGGAGAUGCCAGACGCUCCACGAGAUAUAGAUUAUCUGGAAGAUCUGUUUGAUAGUGAAUUCUGGGCUUCCCUCACGUAG